AUGGACUUAACCACAAGCACUAACCAUAUUAUCAAAUCCCCUGACUCAGACACAGAUACUGAAACCCCACUCCAGACCCACCUCACCAAGGCCUUAUCUCUUACAAAUGGCUCUUACAAGACCCACCAAAAUCACCAUCUCCCACCACCACCACCAUCACAGCAGCAUGCGGUGGUCUCUUACAAAGAAUGCCUCAAAAACCAUGCUGCAACUUUUGGUGGCCUAGCCUUAGAUGGCUGCGGGGAGUUCAUGCCUAAGGUAACAGCUACCCCUCAAGACCCUACCUCCCUCAAAUGCGCUGCCUGUGGCUGCCACCGCAACUUCCACCGCCGGGAACCAUUUAGCCCCACCACCACCACUCACAUGCCGCUACCACCACCGGCACUCAACUGGACCACAAGCCCAAGCCAAAGCCCAGGGUCAACGAGUUCAGGCCCCAGUCUAAGCCCAACAUCACCAGCAUCCCCAACCCCACAGUCCUUCUACCCUUCUGCACCUCACAUGCUGUUAGCCUUGAGCGCUACUCAUUCUGGUCAUAUUGAUGAUACCCAAUUCCAGAAACAGAGUUACAGUCUCGCAAUGACAAACCCACAUGGGAAAAAGAGAGGAAGAACCAAGUUUAGUCAAGAACAGAAAGAAAAGAUGUUUCUUUUUGCUGAGAGGUUGGGGUGGAGGAUGCUGAGAGGCAAUAAUGAUAGAGUUGUUGAAGAGUUUUGCAGUGAAAUUGGGGUUACUAGAAAUGUUUUCAAAAUUUGGAUGCAUAACAACAGGUCUAGGAAAGAAAAGUUCAAUAAUAGCAACGACAAGUGUGGUUUCAAUGCUGAUGAGGAAGCUGGUAGAGUUGGUACUGACAACAAAUUACAGCUUCAACAACAACAACAACAACAAUGGGAGUAA